AUGGCAUCACGCCCCCCGGUUUUCGACGAAACGGUGAGCAGCUGGAGCACGUACAGGAUACGCCUGGAAGCGUAUUUCGAGGGAAAUGAAAUCACCGACAGUGCAAAGCGCCGUGCUCUUCUGGUGUCUUCGUUGAGCGAUAAUGUCGUCCGCCUCUUGCAAGGUCGCCUUUCAACCGUGUCGGUCAACAGCCGAACCUACGAGCAAAUCGUUGAAUACCUGGAGGAACAGUACAAUCCCCAAGUUAAUGAAACAGCAGCAAGUUUCUCGUUCUUCAUGCGCAAGCAACAGGAAGGACACCUGGCAAAGGUGUGCAGCCAGGGACGUUCCCGGGCGACGGGCGCAUUUGCCGUAGAGCCAACAGAAGGUGAGAGCGAAGAAGAGAUGCUGCUUGCUCUCGUUGCUCACAGCUCGGGCGACGGAGCUACAUUGAAGCCACGAGAGGAAAAUUUGACGUGGCAGGGUCGGACACUGCGUAUGAUCAUAGACACGGGUUCUCCGGUCAGCGUCAUCCCCAUGAACAUAUUUGAGAAGCAUCGCAAGUGGUGGCCGGCUCUGGAGAAGACGUCGCUCCGGUUAACAUGCUUCUUGGGGCCAUUACCUGUUGUCGGUCGGAUAACUAUGAAGGUACAGUCAGGUUCAACAGUGGUUGAGAGCACGGUAAUCGUUGUUGGCUGUCAGGGACCGCUUCUCUGUGGCCGGAACACUAUAGAAGCAUUUCGCAGGGCAGGGGUGUCCCUUUGGGACGACGGUAAUUCUUCGAGUGUAAAUGUGGUGCGGGAAAACGCCGAAGUGAAUCCCCUGCUCGAAGAAUUUUCGGAUCUUUUUGAAGACAAGCUUGGUUGUUGCAGGGGGCCACCUGUGAAACUGCACCUCAAAGAGGGAGCCCGCCCACGUUUCUGUAAAGCACGUACAGUGCCGUAUGCUAUGCGUGCAAAAGUCUCAGCCGAGAUCGACCGUCUCGUGCAAGACGAGGUGCUUUCGCCGGUAAGUGUUUCGGAAUGGGCAACUCCGGUCGUUCCAGUCGCAAAGAAGAACGGCGACAUACGGUUGUGCGGCGACUUCAAGUUGACCGUUAACCCAGCGUCGCACUUGGAACAAUAUCCCUUGCCCAAGGUUGAAGACAUUUUCGCGGCUCUUUCCGGAGGAGAAGUCUUCACAACGUUGGACUUGCGCAACGCCUACAAUCAGCUGCCGCUGGACGCAGAAGCAAGGAAGACAACUGUGCUAAACACACACCGAGGCCUGUAUUGCUACAAUCGACUAGCAUUUGGGAUUGCUUCAGCCCCCGCCUUGUUUCAGCGACGCAUGGAAUCCAUACUGCUAGGGGUGCCGAACGUCCAAGUGUACCUCGACGACAUCAUCGUGGCGGAAAAGAGAAACGACACUUCCGUGCUCCGGCAGGUGUUUCAGCGGCUGCGGGAAAACAACCUGAAGCUGAACAAAGCAAAGUGCCGAUUCAGAGAAGCGCAAGUGUCGUUCCUAGGGCAUCGCAUCGAUGCGGAUGGCCUUCAUCCCCUGCAAGACAACCUGGAGGCGGUACUAGCAGCGCCGAAGCCAGCAUCGCAGUUGGUCGACAGCACGAACGAUGACGCUCUUCUGAGGCAAGUGAAGACAUGGAUUCUGCGCGGCUGGCCUAAACAACUCGGGCAGGAGCAACAGGGCUUCCUGCCGUACUUCACCCGCAGACGCGAACUUACU